UCCUUCACAGUCGGACUCGAGUCCGCUGCUGUGAGCGCUGCGCUUCACGGGGUUUCCCUCACGACUCCACGCUAAUUAACCUGUCACUGUCCGCUUAUCCUUCUCUCUUUUUAGGGUGGUAGAUUUGUUUUUUUUUUUAAUUACUCAACUCCAGUCUGGGCUUUUCCCAAGUUUUCCUGAACGCUCCUUCUCCGGCUGUUAUGAGGAAAACAGGCGACGGCUGCAAGUUGAUUCUCCAGUUUUAAGACGUGCAGGUGAAGCCCAAUAACGCACACAGAGGAUGGCUCUGCAGGCGGGGAAUGGCAGUGUGCUGGAGGUGUCGGCGGGCUGUGUGGAGCAGGGGAACCUCAGCGUGGAAGUUAGCGGCUAUAACAUGAGCUGCGCGAACAGCUCCGUCCUCCCCAGACCGGCUGUCAGAGUCAGAGAGAUGGACUCGCUGCGCAUCCUGCUCUACUCGCUCAUCUUCCUGCUGAGCGUCUUCGGCAACCUGCUGAUCAUCGUGGUCCUGGUGCUGAACAAACGCAUGCGGACCGUCACCAACUGCUUCCUGCUGUCGCUGGCGGUCAGUGACCUCAUGAUGGCCAUCUUCUGCAUGCCCUUCACGCUCAUCCCCAACAUCCUGGAGGACUUCAUCUUCGGAGGUGCUAUGUGCAAGACUGUGUCCUACUUUAUGGGGAUCUCUGUCAGCAUCUCCACCUUCAGCCUCGUGGCCAUCGCCAUUGAGAGGUACAGUGCCAUCUGCAACCCGCUGAAGUCCCGUUCGUGGCAGACCCGAUCCCACGCCUACCGUGUCAUCGCUGCCACCUGGGUGGUGUCACUGCUAAUCAUGGUGCCCUACCCGGUGUUCAGUGUCCUCAGGUCUUUCCCCAAGACCAACGGCACUGUUGGCCACAUGUGUCGCCUGGACUGGCCCAGCCCGCAAGCUGAGCAGACCUGGUAUGUGCUGCUGCUGUUCACUCUGUUCUUCAUCCCAGGAGUGGUGAUGAUUAUAGCCUACGGUCUGAUCUCCAGAGAGCUUUACCGAGGCAUGCAGUUUGAGCUGAGCCAAAGCACAGAGACCACCGGGCAGAAGAACGGUGUAGGAAGGGCUGUCACAGGGUCGAAUGAUGACGAUGACGGCUGCUACAUCCAGGUGUCUAAAAAGCCCUCUUCUGCUGUGGAGCUCCCCACCCUCUCUGCCUCGUCUGGUGCCGCCCAGGCCAAAACCGAGCGCGCUCGCAGCAACACCUCGGAGGCCAAGCUGCAGGCCAAGAGGCGAGUCAUCCGCAUGCUGAUGGUGAUCGUGGCGCUCUUCUUCAUCUGCUGGAUGCCCCUGUACUCAGCCAACACCUGGAAGGCCUUUGACCUGAAGUCGGCCUCUAAAGCCCUCUCAGGAGCGCCCAUCUCCUUCAUCCACCUGCUGUCCUACACCUCGGCCUGCGUCAACCCCAUCAUUUACUGCUUCAUGAACACGCGCUUCCGCAAGGCCCUGCUGUCGACCUUCGCCUGCUGCUACCGCAACCGGCUCUGUCGCCAGUACUGCCGGUGCAGGAGGAGGGAUGCGGGAGAAGAUGGCAUCACUGCCACCUCCAUGGCCACGUCGAUGGCCACAUCCAUGUCCAAGUUCAGCUACACCACCGUCAGCACCACCGGCACCUGCUGAGCCGCAAGGAGAGCUGGGUGGUCUCAUCAGUGGCUGUCGGGCACCAGUCGCUGUGCGCACCAUCUGCUUUUUCAAUCUUCUGUUUUUCACUCUUCAUCUUAAUAUGCUAUGAGUCAUGCACUGAGUAAUGUCACUGCCCUCGCUUAUAAGGCCUUUUUUAAAGGUCUCCUUCAAAUUCCGUGUGCAUUAGUUGCAGAAUGUGAGUUGGGAUUAAGCGCCAUUUCAGUUCGAUGAAAUUUUUUCCUCUCCUGCUUCAUCGGCAGCAUCCGCUUUGUCGCAUCCUGAAGAGAACAUCAAGUGCCUGUGCUCUCUGUGUGGCUUCGUUCGGUAGUUUGUCCACUGGCUCAGACGUACAUUUUAGUGAGAAACUACAUUAAAAAUAUAAAUCUUGUGUACUU